AUGGCAGCAACCGAAGUCCCUGUCCCUUCUGAUCAAUUCACCAAAAUUAAAGAGCUGGAGUUGGUUUCAGAAAAGGCCCGGGAGGAAGAGGACGGGGUGUGCAGAGUGAGGGAGUGGCUGAGCCCCGGGAACAUGGAGGCCCAGGCUGUCCCCCGGGCCCUGCUGCCCCGAAUCCUCGAGGGAGAGCUGGAGCUGGUGUCAGCCUCCAUGGAGGACAGCGAGAAGCACGUCCUGACGCUGCAGACGGUGCACCUCACCUCGGAAGACCUGGCGAUGAAUCAGAUGAGCUGGCUGCCGGCACAGCCCCAAGACGAGGUGCAGGUGACCGUGCAGCCGGUGGGCAGCGGGCUGCCGACGCUGCUGUGGCUGCAGCCCCCGCUGGGUGAGGGGCCCGAGCCGACCGUGCACCAGUGUGUCACCAUCAGUAUCCAGGACGAGCUGUACUCGCUGCAGGAGACGGAGGUGGUGCAGUUCCAGGUGCUGGAGGAAAGCGGGGAGGCCAGUGAGGACCUCACAUUUGCCUUGAGUCCGGCGGGAAGUACUGGACCGGUAAGGCUGGAGGGAGGUCAGGAGGCGGCCCAGCUGCCGGUGGGAGGAGGACUCCCCGAGCAAGCAGAAGAGCAGUUCUUCCUCGUGGAGGCCAGGCCAGGUGAGGAAGGAAGUGACGAGAUUGUCCUGACAAUUUCCAGCUUGCAUGUGGAAGAGCGAGAAGAUAAACCUUCGCCCAGUGAAGCUAGUGUUGAAAAACCCAAAUCUGCAAAAAAACGGAGAAAGACAAAGGGAGUAAAACGAGCCUUCCGUUGUGAUAUCUGCACCUUCACCUCUGCUAGACUUUCGAGUUUUAAUCGUCAUGUGAAAACUCACACCAAUGAAAAGCCUCAUACAUGUCACCUCUGUCUGAAAGCUUUCCGUACCGUCACUCUGCUACGAAAUCACGUCAACACCCACACAGGAACCAGACCGCACAAGUGUGGCGACUGUGACAUGGCAUUUGUCACCAGUGGAGAGCUGAUCCGGCACAGGCGUUACAGACACACUCACGAGAAGCCCUUCAAGUGUUCCAUGUGCAAGUAUGCCAGCGUGGAGGUAAGCAAGCUGAAGCGCCACGCCCGGUCCCACACUGGGGAGCGUCCUUUCCCAUGUCACCUGUGCAGCUAUGCCAGCAGAGACACCUACAAGCUCAAGCGGCACAUGAGGACGCACUCCGGUGAGAAGCCCUACGAGUGCCACGUCUGCCACGCACGGUUCACCCAGAGUGGCACCAUGAAGAUCCACAUUCUGCAGAAGCACAGCGAGAACGUCCCCAAGUACGAGUGUCCCCACUGCGCCACCAUCAUCGCCAGGAAAAGCGACCUGCGCGUCCAUUUGCGCAACUUGCAUACGUACAGAGCUGCGGAGAUGCGAUGCCGUUACUGUCCUGAUGUCUUCCACGAACGCUAUGCCCUCAUCCAGCACCAGAAAACUCAUAAGAAUGAGAAGAGGUUCAAGUGUGAACACUGCAGCUAUGCCUGCAAGCAGGAGCGUCAUAUGACGGCUCACGUGCGUACCCACACUGGAGAGAAACCGUUUGCCUGUCUUUCCUGCAAUAAACGUUUCCGGCAGAAGCAACUUCUAAAUACUCACUUCAAGAAAUACCAUGAUUCCGAUUUCAUCCCGACUGUUUACGAAUGCCCCAAAUGUGGCAAAGCCUUUUCCCGCUGGAGUAACAUGCGCAGGCACUCAGAGAACUGUGACUCGGGGCAGGAAAAGCCGGCCACCUCUGGAAAGGAAAGAAGGAUGAAAAGGAGAAAGCAGACGGGCCCGAGAGAGGCAGUGAAGGAAGACGGUACCUCGUUUCAUGAAUUCGUUUUUAAUGUGACAGUGGUUUCCUCCUUAUAAGCUUCCCUGGGUUCUGUCUGAGAGCCACCAGGCAAGGGACGCACCCGGAAACCCUGCUGGUGCCCCCUUCACCCAGGGAGGCAGCUCCAGGGCCUGUCCUGGCCCACAGCCAGCUCUGCUUCCUGUCAUAUGGGCAGGGUUUGGGCAGCACU